AUGGAGAAACUGUGGCACCAUACCUUCUACAACGAGCUGCGCGUCGCCCCGGAGGAGCAUCCCGUGCUGCUGACGGAGGCUCCACUGAACCCCAAGGCCAACCGUGAGCGUAUGACGCAGAUCAUGUUCGAGACCUUCAGUGUUCCCGCCAUGUAUGUUGCAAUCCAGGCGGUGCUUUCUCUCUACGCAUCCGGCCGCUGCACGGGCGUUGUCAUGGACAGCGGUGAUGGCGUGUCACACACCGUGCCAAUCUACGAGGGCUACUCGCUGCCCCAUGCCAUCCAGCGUCUGGACCUGGCCGGCCGUGAUCUUACGCAUUACUUGAUGAUGAUCCUGACCGAGCGCGGCUAUUCCUUCACCACCACAGCAGAGCGCGAGAUUAUCCGUGACGUCAAGGAGAAGCUCUGUUACAUCGCGCUGGACUUCGACAGUGAGAUGAAAGCUGCCAGCGACAGCAGUGACAAGGAGAGAACUUACGAGCUCCCAGAUGGCUCAAUUAUCGUCCUCGGAACCGAGCGUUUCCGCUGCCCGGAGGUGUUGUUCCAGCCCAGCUUCUUGGGCAGAGAGGCCAACGGCAUCCAGCACAUUACCUUCCAGUCCAUUAUGAGGUGCGACCUGGACGUGCGAAGGGAUCUGUUCUCCAACAUCGUGCUGUCCGGCGGUAGCACGAUGUUUCCGGGCAUUGGUGAGCGCAUGACCAAAGAGCUGAGUGGUAUGGCCCCCCCGUCCGUCAAGAUCAAGGCGGUAGUCGUUCCUCCGGAGCGCAAGUACAGCGUGUGGAUUGGAGGCUCCAUCCUGUCCUCCCUGACCACCUUCCAGCAGAUGUGGAUCUCCAAGGGCGAGUACGACGAGAAUGGGCCAAGCAUCGUUCACCGCAAGUGCAUCUGA